AUAGAAACAGGAUCGGAGGCAGAGUAUUUUCAUAUAUUACUUUGAAAAAAUCUUAAUGCUGUGUGUGGACGACUUUGUGAGACAGAGAGAGAUUUUGAAACAGAAGAAAAAACAGAGAAAAAUUACAUACAGGAAAAAUAAUAGUCAAACAUUACCGGUGGCGCCGGUCAACGGUUGAUAAACCUCUCUCUCUAAAGCUCUUCUCUCCUUCUCUCUCUUGCUUGGUCUUUGAAUUCUGUGGAGGAGCAGCUUCUUGGGUUGGGUUCUCUGAGUUUUUUUACCUCUUCUUGGUUUGAUCCAGAAAGGCUUAUUUUUCUUUGUUCUGAGGAAAAAAAUUCUGCUUUUCAAUUUCUGGGUUUUCAAGCUUCGUGUAGAAGGAAAUGGCACAACGUUCUCAUGUACCCAAAUUUGGCAAUUGGGAUAGUGGAGAGAAUGUUCCUUAUACAGCAUAUUUUGACAAGGCACGGAAAGGUCGAACUGGCACAAGGAUAAUAAAUCCAAAUGACCCCGAGGAAAAUGCUGAUUUAAGUUUUGAUAAUCCAUCAUCUGAUAACCUACCUCCUACCAGACCUAGAACUAAUUCAGAGGAUCAAUCCGGAAAAGGAUCACUGCAUUUGGAAGAUGAUCCCAAGAAUUUUAUCGAAUCUCCAGCUCGUCAUGACAAUGUAAGCAGUAGGAGUGGCAGUAGAAGCCAUGGAGUAGGUUCUGCUGAUAACCGUAGAAGACAUUCAACGCAAAGUACUGGGUCUGAGUACAGCAUUGAACGUUCACCGCUUCAUCGCCAGGCUAGAGCCCCAGGCAGAGACAGUCCCCAGUGGGAACCAAAGAAUUCAUAUGACAGCAGUCAGGGAACACCAGGAAGGUCUCGGUUAAGACCGGCUAAUCGAGGAGAUGAAACACCAGAUAAAGGUGCAGCUGUUCCAAAGUUUGGUGACUGGGAUGUGAAUAACCCUGCAUCAGCAGAUGGCUUUACUCACAUUUUCAACAAAGUGAGGGAGGAGAGACAAGGCGGGCCAGGACAAGUGCCAGGAACGCCUAAUGAGAGACCACAACCUAUUAAUGGCCUAUCUAAUGAUGACAAAGUCCAGUGUUGCUGCUUUGCGUGGGGUGGGAAAAAAUGAUUUCUUGGAUUGGAAGUCUGAAUGAUAAUAUUCUGAACAGAAAUGAUGGUAAAGAUAAUGUUGUGAAUGGUCAUGAGGUGUGUGUAGCUCUUGUAAAUAUCCAAGGCUCUCUCUCUGGUCGGGAAGACAUCGUUGAAGCAAAUGUAUCGCAACUACUCUGCCGUUUCUUCUCCCUUUUGUUUUUCUUUCUAAUAUAACCAAAGAUUCUAUGCGUGCAAGAUUGUGAUUUUUCUUUGUAUUUUCUUCUUUUUGAGCCUUCUGUUGUGUUACUGUUAUGCUUUACAAUUCAAAUUAACUGUAUGUACCUGAGAUAUAGAGGGAGAGUGGUUAUAUAAUUCUUUUCCAAUGAAUUGGUGGGUUGUGAAUCGAGGUCUAUUGUGUUCAUGUUGGUGUUGAACUUCUCUAGUUUAACUGGGAAUGAUCUGGUAGCAAAUUGUUUCAAAAAGUGAUA